UUUGUUUGUUUUCUUUUACACUUAAAACAAAUUCUCUGCCUUUCCAAGAGCUGUUCUUUUCAGCAAUAAUUCCUUAGUUAGACAAAACCAUAGAGACCUCACGGGCUGUUUAUAUGUUAAGCUGGUUCUUGUGUUAAAUUCUUUCACCUCAGUCCACAAACCACAAGCUACUUUUCACUUGUAAUUCAAAGCCGUUAACUGUGCAACUUUGACUCUGUUUAUCUCGCUUGGAUAAGUUUCCUUUUGAUUUAUUAAUACUACUCGAGAAACACAAGACUCUGUUUGCGCGGAGGUCUAUCUGACUAGCGAGGUUUUUUUCAAAACGCGUCGAAGUUCAACGAGGCCCAGUUUUGUGAUGAUUUUAUGAUUUUGAUCAAACGUUUUGUGUAAUAUAUCUAAGUUGGAUCUCUUUUGUCCCGUGGAAGUCUACCCAAUCUAAUAUUAUGAAAUCAAGAAGUUGUUUUGUUAUACCGUUGUUUCUCUGCCAAUUCGUAUGGAUCUGUGCUAGCAAGGAGACGGCGGAAAAGGCGGAGAAACGAUUUGACAUUAGAGGCAAGGAAUGGGUGGCAGCUCAAAAAAUAAUCAACAAGUUGGUUGACGAGAGUAUAGCUAGCAGAGUUUCAGAAGCUGAACGUGAUGUUGAGCAUUUAUUAGAGUCAAAUAUCGCUGACCACAUCAAGAAGACCAGCAAAACAAUCCUCCGAAAGUUACCAAAAGAAUGUUCAGACAAGAUUGAGCACUGCACGGCCCUGGCCAGGUCUGGAGUCUGCAAGACAUCCCCAAAAGCUAUGCGCAAACACUGCGCGAAAACUUGCAACUUAUGCGAGGACAAUUUCAUAGAUGUCACACCACAUGCCGUCGCUCUCAAACAGAAAGCAAGGAAAUAUCUCAAGAAACGGCCAGCAAUACCAGUCAAAACGACACAUUUUCCAAAAACAGUAACACUGAAGGCGGUUCCACAGGAACCCAAAACUGAACACUCUUUACGAAAGAACAAGUUAGCAAAAUACGAAGACGGGUUUAUUCCAGCGGACACGAUUAAAAUUCUUCACUCGAUCGAACCUCUUCUCUCGCAACAAACGAAAGGAGUAAUGAAAUUCCACGAGAAUGACUUGUCUCCAGAAAACGAAAAGAUUCGCGACGCACAGAAGCUACUGGAGUACGUGAAGGUUCUCAACCCACCCAAGAGCUUUCUCGAAGGAAAAAUUUCCUUUGGAAACGAUAAGAAAAAAUCCACAACUUCUAAGAAACUUAAAAAGGCGGAGAAACACGAGGAUAGAGAAGAUGAGAAAGAAGAAAGCAGUAAACAAAAAGCCGAGGUUAAAGAAGAUGAUAAAUCCAAAGCAAAGCCAAGCAACAAGGCGGCGAAAUCGAGCGUCGCUAAGAAGAAACUUAAAACCAAGGGAACACCGCUGACGAGUUUAACGAAGACAGUCACUUACAAGAAUCACAAAUACAAGAUUACGCCAGUCGUGGACUGGGAGCGAAUCUCUAAAAUGCUGGAAAGUCUUGGGUACAAGGCAGUUCAUAUUGUUGGUGUCAAAGACAAGAGCAUCCACAAAGAUCUUACAGAGCAUCUGAAAAAACACGGGGUGGACAAAAUUUUGACUCAUAAGGGAAAAGAAAAAGCCGCUGCGGAAACAUUUGUGUCAGCAGUUCACCGAGAAAAGUCUUGGCAUAACAGUGAAUAUUUCAAAAGCCACUGCCACCCCGGGUGCCUCACAAGCUGCGUCUCCUCCUGCAUGCCCGGAUGCUGUCCUGAACACGACAAGGUUUCAGUCGUGACAAAACUCGCCAAGCACUGUCACCCAUCCUGCCUUACGAGCUGCGUGCCUGCUUGCGGUAGUGGCUGCUGUUCGAUAGAAGACGAAAGAAAGAGAGGACACCACUUCCUACAUUAUCAGAAGAUUGCAGACUACCACAAGGCCAAGGACGCAGCAAAGAGUAAGAACAAAAGCCCACCAGCCAAGCAGCAUGACGAACCCAAGAAGAACAACAAGAAACAACAAGACAAAGUUCCAUGCCAUCCUCAGUGUAAAGAGACGUGCAUUUCGUCUUGUGGCAAAGGGUGCUGCUCAGAGGAGGGGGAGAGGUUGAGGGACGAGCAAGAGAGGAAGGAGAAAGACGCAAGGGAAAAAGAGAAAAAGGAGAAGGCAAAAGCACUUCAGGAAAUGUACAAGCCACAGCCCAGGCUCUGCCCGGCUCCGUGUCCCCAGGUUUGCGCACCAUCUUGUGCAGACGACUGUUGUGCUUUUGGUAAAUUUGCGGCACCGCCGGCACCAGGAAUGCCCGCUUUUGAACAACCACAUCCUGGCCUCGUCCCUAACGUACCAUACCCUCACUCCAAAGUUAUACCCAUCGAGGCUUUUGCCUGUAAAGAAUCGUGCAAGUUCUCGUGCACGUACGAUUGCCCUCGCGACUGUUGCCAACCAGAAGAGCUCGCGCAGGAGGAAGCUCACGAAACCGCCGCGCUAGCGUCUCCAACGACAGUGGGAGCACCACAAGCUAUGGCCUACCAAGACCUCGCUCCGGCUUUCCCCACCUGCCCUAGUCCAUGCCCUGGUGGCUGCUACCCCUCAUGCACUGUAGCUUGCUGCACCUCGGCUCUGGGUCUUCCGCAAGGGAAUGAGGCCGAGUUGAGCCCGGAAGCCCAUUCUUCGACUAAAAGAGUGCUGCACGUCACUCACCUGGUUCGACCAAUCACAGGUUUGAACGGAUGCGCGCUGUCCUGUGCUUCGCACUGCACGCCCGCAUGCGCACGGUCUGGCUGCUGUGAUUCGUCAAAGAGAAGAAAAAGAUCAAGUCACCAUGUUUAACUUUUUCCUGAUAACAAAGGACUUUGCUUCGAAUGCAAACUUGGAGCAUUGCAUUGUUUAACUCGCGCUUACUACCAUGAAAACCCAAAGUGUACAUUUUUCCCUGGCAAUGUUCAAAAUUGUAAAUGUUUGCCGCAAAAUCUUAUUGAUAUGAAGAACAAAAACAUACCAUACAGUAGAAUAUCAUAAAUUGUAUGGUGAGGACGAAAGGACAACCAUUCCAUAGACAUUUCGUUCAAAUAAACUUUUAGUCACCGAGGUCGCUUCCAUUAUGCUUUCUUUCUAAGAAUCUUGUAAGAACUUCUUGCAAAGAUUCAAGUAUAGAUGCAGUUCAUAAUUAAGAUUGGACGAGCUUUUGCAAGUCUCUAUACAGACUUAAAGCUUUUGAAAGACUGUCGACACAUCAAUUUCUAUUUGUAGCUUAGGCUGUAACUGCAUGUAAACGGAAUAUGUUUAUUCGUUUCUUGUACAUUAUUAUAAAUGAUGGUAGCCAUCAUACAGUAUCGCAUUUCUUUAACAAUAAACUCUUUAUAUUAUCACCACUGGCUUCAGCUUUUAUUGUUAAGUGUGAAAAUGCCAGAUCUCCAACGUGGUCGUCAUCUUGCCCUUCUCUCCUCGUGGAGAUUGGGCACAUCAAUCCGUCUCCUCCAAUCAACUCGGUCCUUUACCACUACCUCUCCCUCCCUCCAUGUCUUGAAUCCGAGAUGGUCUCUCUACUUGUCGAUCGUUCUUCACAACGUCUCUCGUCGGCGUUUGCCUUCGGGUGCGCAUGUUUGUGCUAUCUUGGGAUUUUGAUCUGAAGCCAUUCUUAAAACAUGUCUCAGCCAUUUCAAUCUCCUAGCUCUUACUUGUUGACUGAUUGUCCUCGCGCCUGGUCUUCCUCUAAUCUCUUCAUUACUGACCUUCAUCGGCCAGAAAACUUUCAGGAUUUUCUUCAAGCAUCGUAGUACAAAUAAGAAAUAUUUGUUUGUGAAUGGGAGAAAAGGACGUGGUUUUGGGGACAUGCGUCGGAGUGGUCGGUGGUUGGUGGGAGGGGGAAAUCCAAUAUUAUUGACUUCAAGACUAAGCUGAUAAAAUAAAGAGUACAAUGAGGAAGGGGAAACCCGCUAUACGUCAUAAUUUGUCGAAUAAGAAACAUGACAAUGAAAAUGAUUUUCAAGGAUUUAAAAAUGUUCGAGGCAUUCCCAGGCUUAUGUUGGAGUAGUCAAAAUAAACUUGAAAAUAGAGCGGGUGAAGAAUAUAAAAGCAGAGACCGAUACAACAUAGGAUGGGUUAAUAACUUGGUGUGCUAAAUCCAGUCUGUGAGCAUUCCUGUAACUGUUCCGAAGAUUGAUCAAGGAUCGUUGAAUACAAAUACUUCCAAUAGCCUUCCAAAACUGUCAAAGACAAGCAAGAUCCUUACACGCUGGUCUUCUUUUUGUUAGGAAAUUGAACUUUUAGAUCCUGGGGGUCGAGAGCUCGUAGCGUGCUACUAUCCUUGUGUUGUGCUUUGUUCUCGUCAAUAUACAGAUGAGGAAAUGAGCACUGGCAAAUUGAUGAGGCGAGGUUGAUCUGUGAUGAACUGAGUGUCCAUCCAUGAUCCAUAAGGAACUUCAUCACUUCAUCGCUUACUUCAACAACAAUUAUUUCGUUUUGAUAUAUACAUUGUCUUGGUCGGUCCUCCAAGGUUUCACAAAGAAGAAAGACACUGAAGUAAUUUUUGCUCUUGGGACACUGAGUUUUUAAAGCUCCAGACCCGUCUUGGUCCCAAAAUUUGAGGUCAAAUUGCUUUGUUUACGCCAAACUUUAAACUCAUCCCUUAAGUACGCAUUCCCGGAAGGUCCUCCCUUAAGAAUGUUAAUAUUUA